AUGGAAAAACGCAAAUCGGCCGGACUGCUUGCCCUGCCGUCCGCGCUACGUACAGCGCCGCUGGGCGCGCUGGCCCGGAGGGAGCCCUGCAGGGUCUCGGUGCGCCAGGAUGCCGCGGACUGCGCGCGGAGACGGCCGUACUCGUCCCUGCCGCUUGGGGGCGUCGCCGAGCCCGCCUUUCUGCGCCAACGCAACGAGCGCGAGCGGCAGCGCGUGCGCUGUGUGAACGAGGGCUACGCGCGCCUCCGCCAGCACCUGCCCCGCGAGCUGGCGGGCCAGCGGCUCAGCAAGGUGGAGACGCUGCGCGCUGCCAUCAGCUACAUCAAGCAACUGCAGGAGCUGCUGGAGCGCCACCGGCCGGACUGCAACAGCGAUGGCGAGUCCAAAGCGUCCUCCGGGGCCUCGCCCUGCAGCGAGUCUGAGGAGCGUGGCUAGCAGCGUCCUAGCCCACCGGGCUUUCAUGGUUGCUUCUCCGGGCCUAGAUCUUUAAAACAAAGCCAAAAACCAGAAAACAACUAAGUGCUUCUAGAUCUAGGAAAGAAAGCUACCAGUGCAUCUGCAACAGAACCAUACGUCAGACCAGAUGAGAAAGCUUAAGGUCCAAUGAAGACAUUUUUCAGGGUCAUAAGUUCAGAAAGCCACAGGUUAAAAACCCAUUCAAUUUAUUUCUAUGGCUCAUUUAGCUCUCUUGUCUUGUUCCCCCUAAAACAUACAUUUUAGUUCCAAGUAAAAAUUCAGGUCUAGAAUACCUGUAGCUACUUGGUG